AUGCAACAUCAGCUUGUUUUAUAUUUUCGACGUUUAGCUAUACGUAUAUUAACACAUUCACUUUUUAGUACAUUGGUUAUGCUUACUAUUUUAACUAAUUGCGUAUUUAUGACACUUAAGAACGUACCAGAAAUGAAUGAAUAUGUUUUUACAGUAGUUUACACACUUGAAGCAUUAAUAAAAUGUAUUGCACGAGGAUUUAUUCUACAAAAAUAUACAUUUUUACGUGAUCCAUGGAAUUGUAUUGAAUCUAAUAUGACAUAUGCAAUCUAUCUGAAAGAAAUUGAUAAUGAAAUUAAUUGGUAUAAAGAAAAUGAUAUUUUUCUUCUUUGUGAAAAUGCAAGUGGAAGUACAAAAUGUCCUUCAGAUUAUAUUUGUUGGAAAGAUCGAGGCAUGAAUCCUGAUUUUGGAUAUACAAGUUUUGAUAAUUAUGGUUGGGCUAUGCCUGCAUGUUUUCGAUUAAUGACACAAGAUUAUUGA